AUGUUUGGGGCAGUAGUUGGAGAUAGAGAGGUGGAGUUCUCCUGGUCUCCCCCACCACCCACCCAGCAAAAUGGAGUCAUCACCAGCUACACCCUCUCCUGCUCCCCCUCCCCCUCCUCCCUCCCCCAAUCCCCCUCCUCCCAGUCUGGGAGCCUCACUGCCACUAGCUUCUCUCCCAACACUCUCUACUCCUGUUCUCUGACUGCUGAAAAUAGCCAGGGAUCUGGACCUCCUGCUGUUGUCACUUUCACUACAGAAGAAGAUUUCCCCCUCCUCCCAGUCUCUGGCUCUCUAUCAGUGACUGGCUUCUCUCCCAACACUCUCUACUCCUGUUCUCUGACUGCUAACAAUAGUCAGGGAUCUGGACCUCCUGCUACAUACACCUUCACUACCCAGCAAGACUCUGUGGGCAUGGCAUAUGGUGGCCCUUUGAGUGAGGUACAACAGUGGGAGGUAGAGAAGAGUGGUGAUAAGUGCUCAAAGGGGUUUGAGAUGAGUCUAGUGCCAGGUUCUCCUGGAGUCAUUCCAACCUCCACCAACUCUGCCUACCACACAGUAAAGCAGGAGGGGAAGAUUGCUGAGACGUAUUAUGAGAUCCCACUGAGAGCUGGGGACGAUAGAGGAUACGAUAUUAUCCUUUGUCCCUCACCUCCUCCUCAUCGUCCUCCCUCCCAGCAGUCUCUCCCCAAACCCCCUGAGUCUGAGGAGGAGGUGUACGAGGCCAUCCCUGGAGAGGACAACUGA